AUGGAGAUAGAGGAAGGUAGAGGAAAAGAGAAACAAGGGAUGAAUGAAGUACAGACGGUGCCAGUGUCCAACUGCAACACCGUCUUGAAAAAGCCGACAUGUCGGAAGGGGCAGGAUGAGUGGGAAAGAGACUGGGAAUGGAAACCAUUGAGAGAGAUUCGCUCAAGGUAUGGGAAUGAAGAUGUAGGGAACGGGAGUGCUGGAUUGAAAGAAGGCUCUCACUCGCUCUUGGACGAGGAUUCAAUUGGAUUGGGGGAGGCUGCCGUCGCCUGGUCAUUCAGCCACCUUCCACCAUCUCACCUCACCCCAGCAAGGCUAUCGCAGCAUCGUCAUGAGACCAAGAUGGUUGUACAAACUCAGCAAGACAACCCCGACAAGUUCGUCAGGUCGACCAGGGCAACAUCGACGCUCUUCCUGGUAGAAGACUUGACCACUGACGAUGGGCUGCAACUGUGGGGGAAGGAGCUGCGGAACGCAAGGUCAAACUGGGUCAGCGACAUCAUGACAACAGGAAGAUCGAGGGUCUUGAGCAAAAUUUCUGGUCGGCUCGCCAUAUCGACGCUCUGGGCCAGUGCAGUUGCUGUGUUCUUCUCGCUGUCUCCUCAAGAGUGGAGGAUUCAAGAAAUCUUCGAGGUCCCCGGGUACUUCUCGUACUGCUGCGCCGCCUUCUUGUCUCACCAGCUGAUGGACAGGUGGCCCCACGAGCUCGUCGGGGGAUUUCUCGCCAUUCUGCUUGUCUUCAGGACAGAUCAGGCGUACGAUCGCUUCUGGGAAGGCAGACAGCAGUGGGCAACUCUUGCUGGAGAACUGAGGUGCUGGCUCACUUGUCAGCGCUUCCUGUUGCCCUCAAGCAGCACUGAGAGGGGAACGAAACCCUGUGGAGCUGGAGGUGGAGGCGGGAAGGGCGUCUGGGAUGGGCGGGUGACGGGGCAACAGGUGGUUUUUGAAACCUUCGACGUGAAGAGAAGCAGGAGCACGUUUUGGUACGACACGAUCGACAGCAUCAUGGGAGCAAACAACAUGCCUGUCACGCUUCUCACUUCAUUGUCGUGCUCCAUCAAAGACCUGCUGCAGGAAGAGGAUGCGAGCAGGGGACAAAUAUGGGAUCGGAUGGAAACUUCAAUCUCAGGGCUUGCUAAUGUCAUCUCCGAGUGCGAAAAGCUCAAGUGUACUCCCAUCCCUCUUUCCUACAGCCGCCAUACUUCCAGGUUUUUCACGCUCUUCUCCCUCACCCUCCCUUUUGCUCUCGUGGAGACAACAACUCCUUUCCUCGUCACCCCGAUUGUCGCGGGAGUGUCGUGGAUUUUGUUCUCGGUGGAGGAGAUCGGGCAUGUGAUUGAAGAGCCUUUCGGGAACGGUCUUGCGCAAGAGACGCUUGCUACGGCGCAGAGCGGUGUUUGAUUUCUUCGAUCUCGACAAGUCUGGCAGCAUUGACAAGACCGAAUUCUUUCUUGCUAUGCAGAAACUUGGGGUUGCGAUGCCGGCGAGCGAGGUCAACGACGUCGUCUCCAAGUUCGACACCAACGGGAAUGAGUUAGUUGAGUUUGAAGAGUUCAAGGCUCUGCUCACUUACUAUGCGGAGAGAAGACGGCUCUCCGCUAAUGGAGACGGGGACGACAAGGACGAGCUAGAUAUCUCUGGCAGUUUCGCCAAUGCCCUAGGAAGCAUUCUCGUCGAUGGAAUCAAGGGCUUCUAUAUGGUUGUCGGGAUGAUCUUCGGGAUCAACAGCAGCUCAUCGGGCGUAAGGCAGCUCGAGGUCCUCCCCCUUGCUCGCUACUGCCGUGCCAUCCAGAAGGACAUUCUGCAACAAGCUGUCUUCGUUGCCGCAGGUUCCAGCAGGAAGCGAUAUAUGACCAUGGCGCGAGAGCUCGGGAGAGCGGGGGGACGACAAGGGCUGCAAGAUGAGAUCAUGCAGUGAAGAGCUUCGUCAUUUGUAAAGUUCCACGUAACAU